AUGUCCAUCCUUUUCCGCCUUCUCACACUUUUUGGCCUCAUCCUGCUCGUCCACGCUGGUUACUCCGCCCAUGAACAUUCAAUAUUAUAUGGCAGUGUUCACUCCGUUCCCCUCGAUGUCACCCUUGAAACCCUUGUGGCUAUCAUAUUUGUUACACUCGGCCUAGUGCUGGGGUCUGAGAGACUGCGACCGAUUAGCUGGAGUGUGUGGGCAGGCGAGAUUGAAAAGGAAGGCGGGGUGCGCAAUCCAUUCCGUGGUUUCGAAGACAGGAUAGGGUUUUGGGAUGUGAAGGGAAAACGAGAGGAGUUUUCGAAGUGGGUACGGGAAGAGGCUACUGUUAGCGCAAAGGCAUGA